UGGGUGUAUAUUAGAAAGAGAGUGUUUAAAAGGCAAACUGUCCGGCGAGCGGAGCUGAAAAAUACGGUUGGGCUGAGUGCGAAUCUUCGUUUCCUCGGAAACCCUAAAACAUAGAAUCUUAGAUGGAACUGACAUGGUUGAGUGCCAUUCUGGUCGGGGCUGGUUAUCUUGCUUUCGGUUACUUCAUUGGUUCUCAGUAUCCCCCUCGUUUCCUCUUCUCUCAUAAACUGUUGACUAAACAUAAAGAUGAUGAUUCACUUCUCAAUGACACCGAUAAUAAGAAGAGGAAUAGUAAGUCCAAACUCAAAGACCCACUUGAGAUUGAAAAGCUCGCUAAUAUUCUCGAUGAUUUUAAGAUGAUACUCGUUGUCAGGAAUGAUCUUAAAAUGGGUAAAGGGAAGAUUGCUGCUCAAUGCAGUCAUGCAACUUUAGGCCUUUAUAAAAAGCUCCUUCAUCGAGCACCAAAGGCUUUGAAUAGGUGGGAGAUGUCAGCGCAGCCUAAGGUUGUUGUCAAAAUUGAAAGUGAAGAGGAUAUGCUGGCUUUGCAAGAAAGUGCUAAAUCUCUGAAGUUACCUACCCAUAUCACAAUUGAUGCUGGCAGAACACAGAUUGCACCAAAUUCCAGAACAGUGAUGGCAAUUCUCGGACCUGUUGAAGUGGUAGAUGAGGUAACAGGUGGACUGAAACUUCUUUAGUUUUCUGUCGGAUCAACAUGUUGCAUUGUUUACCAUGAACCUGAGUGUUCGUGAAGGAUAACAGACUGCACUAAUUAUGGGCCUCGUGAAGACUUACCAUGUUCUUUGCCCACAAAAAUUUACGAUUAAUCUUUAGUUGACAGUAAGGAUAAUGAUGAUGAUGAAAGCUUUUCUUUGGAGAUUUACCAUGUGCAAUUCAGUUUGUACUAGAUAUAUAUUCUGGUGAUUCUAGGCACGGUGCCAAAAAGUUUUGUUCAUGGCGGUACCAUGAUUGAUGUUGGAAGGUAUAUGAAUUUAUUUAGCCACCAAAAUAAAAUUUGGACAUGCCAUAUGGAAUAAGAAAAUAUAGGGAGUAUAUUAUAUAGCA